AUGUCUUUCAGUGAUCAACAGUGCAAGCAACCAUGUGUGCCACCUCCAAGUCUUCAAAAGACCCAAGAAAAGUGCCAGGCACAAGCUGAGGAAGUGUGUGUUCAGGACCCCUGCCAAGACAAAUGUCCCCUCCAAGCUCAGGAGGUCUGUGAUCCUCAGUGCCAAGAGAUAAGCCAAGGAGCCUGCCCACAGCAAGGCCAAGAUCCAUGCCUACCUCCAAGCCAAGAUCAGUGCCUGCCUCAGUCUGCGGAGUCGUGCCAGGAGCUAGCCCAAACAAAAUGUGUGGAGGAGUUCCCGCAGAAGGCCCAGGAGCAGGCUUCCUCCCAGGGCAAGGCAAAGUAGCUGGUCAUGUGCCACCUGGAGUCAAGAAGAUGGCCAGCAGAAGAAAAUCCAAGCCCAGUCCCCGCUCGGUGACCUUCUCCUGUGGAUAUCUCCGUAUAAUACCUCUUCUUGUCUCCUGACUUCCUCAGUAUUUCAGGACUCGGUCUGU